UCUCUCUCAUCCUGCAACGCGUGUGUGCUCCGCAUCGAGCAGGUACUUCACUUCGGAUUUCGCAGUCGGACACGGCUGCCUCAGCUAGACGACUUACGCGCUGCAGUGACUGGAGGGCUGCUAUACAGGGCUGGCUUCCUCUCGUGACUACUGCUGAUUCGGGGCUGCGACUAUUGUUGUCUCCAGUGCAGUAUCACUUCGCGGGGGGUACGUUGGCGGUGCUGAACCUGAGCUGCCGCUGAUGCUGCUGCUCUUGAUUCUCGCGCAUCCCUGCGGCGUCGCCGGAUGAGAGAGGAAAAUAAGGAACGAAUUACGGACAGCGCCGCCGCCGGAAACGCCGGGCUGAGUGCUGACGCCUAUAGAUACGCGCCUGCGCCAGAAGCGUCGUAUAUGUAUAUAUAAGUAUACACAUGUCAACACAGAUCUUUGAGAUCAGUCUCUGCAACCAGAUGAACAAUCAACAAACCUAACCUAUAAUUGUUGACAUUAUUUGCUAUUCGUUGCUCUUCCAUCAGAGCUAAGGUAAUUUUUCGAAAGAUUUCUUCAAAGAGCUGGUAAUCCGCCAACAUGGGGAAGCGGCAGCAUCAGAAGGACAAGAUGUACCUUACGUACACAGAAUGGACCACAUUGUAUGGUGGAAAGAUGUCUGGCACUUCAUCGGAGACAAGUGAAGACACCACAUUCCGCAGGUUGCCUUUCGAUCACUGUUGCCUGAGUCUGCAACCCUUUGAGCAUCCCUACUGCGAUGCUCAGGGAAACAUCUUCGAACUGGAAGCUCUCUUGCCCUAUGUCAAACAUUUUAAGCACAAUCCUGUCACUGGAAAACCCUUAGAUAUCAAGUCUCUGACAAAACUUAACUUUUUCAAAAAUGCUGAAGGAGAAUAUCACUGUCCAGUAUUGUUCAAAAUCUUUUCCAAGCAUUCUCAUAUUGUUGCUGUUAAAACUACUGGACAUGUAUUUUCGUUUGAGGCAGUAGAGCAGUUGAACAUUAAAACCAAAAAUUGGAAAGAUUUGAUUAACGAUGAACCUUUUGUUAGAAAAGAUCUCAUUACCAUUCAAGAUCCUACUGAUGCUCGAAAAUUCAAUCUUUCUACAUUCCAUCACAUCAAAAAUAAUCUUAGAAUUGAAGAUGAAGAGGUAGUCAAGGAGCGCAACAAUCCUAAUGCCAAACUUAAAACUGUAUCAAUGGAAACAAAAGAGAUCUUGAGUGAACUGGAACGCGAUUACAAGCCAGCACAAGAGUCUAAGGUUGUUAACAAAACUAAAGCAGACAAGUUCAAUGCAGCACAUUAUUCAACUGGUGCUGCAGCAGCAGGUCUUACAUCGACAGUCAUGCCAAGAGUGACCACACUUGAAGCUGCUGUUCUUGAAGAGGACGUCGUACGUUAUGAACGCGUCAAGAAAAAAGGAUAUGUCAAAAUCAUUACAAAUUUUGGACCCCUUAAUUUAGAACUACAUUGUGAUAUGGUACCUAAAACAUGUGAAAAUUUUAUGAAACACUGUCAAAAUGGAUAUUACAACGGCACUAAAUUUCACAGAUCCAUUAGGAAUUUCAUGGUACAAGGCGGUGAUCCAACGAAUACAGGAAACGGCGGCAAAUCAAUUUGGGGUAAACCUUUCGAAGAUGAGUUCAAGCCCAAUCUCGUUCAUCAAGGGCGAGGGAUUUUAUCCAUGGCUAAUUCGGGUACCAACACCAAUGGCUCCCAAUUCUUUAUCACCUAUCGGUCCUGUCGACAUCUGGACAAUAAGCACACGAUCUUUGGCAAAAUAGUUGGUGGUCUAGAGACGCUGAAUGCUAUUGAAAAAAUCGAGGUAGAUAACAAAGAUCGACCCAUUGAAGAUAUAGUUAUUCAAGCAGUACAAAUCUACGUCGACCCGUACGAAGAAGCCGACGAACAGUUAGCCGCCGAAAGAGCAGCAGAGACCGAGAGGCUGGUGAAGGAAGAGGCUGAACUGAAAGCUCCACGAAAAAAGGAGCAAGAACAGGCUUUAAAAGUUUAUCGUCCAGGAGUCGGAAAGUACCUUAAUACAGCUAAACUUAAUGAUAAGUCCAAAAAAGAAGAGGCUUCGGUCGUCCCCAAAAAGAAGAAGAAAGUCGUAUCGAGUCAGCUUGACUUUGCUACCUGGUGAUUUCGAGAUACGAUUUCCUUGGUGUACAAGAAUCGUUGUAAAAAUUGUAAAUUAUUAUUGAAUGUCAUCGUCCUCCGGCAAUUCUGAGACCUGAUAACCUGUUCGUUGUGGACGAUGCAGCUAUAAGUACAGCGGCCGCUUAAGGUUUACCCCCUUCUACACAGACACAGACUAGAUCUCGUUCUCUCGCGGUUAAGACCAUUUUCGGAAUCUCGCCGCUGCACCGUGGCUUUACAGUUUUGCAGUGGCGGAAACUCUUCGACCACUCGGAUUUCGCUAGGAUUGCAUUCCUCGACGCAGUGAAAUUUUGCAAAUCAGCGCAAGCGUGCUUUUUUGCUUUUGAGUGCUUUGCUUUGUUAAAGCGGGGGUGAAAAUGAUUUGGGGCCCGAGACGAUGAGGGCGUUCAUAAAUCAAGUGACUUUAAAAACAUAUGUACAAACGAAAUUAGUCAUUGUAAUGACUAAACAUUAGUAUAGCAUUAAGAUAUAAAAUAAACAUCGAACAAAGCAUCAAAAUA